AGCAAAAAUCAUUUUGAUCCAGCAUCAAACAAUUUUUUGUAAACAAAACUUAUAAACAUAAAUUAUGUCUAAUUUAAAUUAUUAUCUUCCGAAUAAUUAUUUAUCGUUUAUAAUUCGUUAUGGAAUUAUUUUAUCCAUUUUAAUAUGGUUUUUAUUGAUUGUAUAUCGUUUCACAAAAAAAUGGAUCGAUAAUAUACGAAAAAUUAAUAAUAUACCCGGAAUACCAACCAUACCAGCGUUGUUUUUUCUUGGCAAUUUUAGUAUUCUUGGCCGUGAUAUAUUAAAUUUCGAAAGAAUUUUCGAAAUUUAUCUGGAAAUUCUUGGAGCUGGUGUAAAAUUAUUUGAUAGUACUUUUCGAUUAUGGUUAUCAAUAAAACCAUUGAUUGUUGUUCAUCGUGCCGAUUGUGCUGAAAAAAUUCUAUCAAGUAAUCAUACAUUUUUAGACAAAGAUCAUCAUUAUCGUAUGAUGAAACCAUGGUUAAAUGAAGGUCUUUUAGUAAGCGGUGGUAAUAAAUGGCGUCAUCGAAGAAAAUUAUUAACACCAACAUUUCAUUUUAAUAUUUUGGAACAAUUUUUAACGGUUAUGAAUGAACAGGCAAAAAUUUUAUCCGAUGUUAUUCAGAAAAAACAAUAUGAAGCUGGUGAAAAAUUUAUAAACAUUGUACCAAUGAUAACAAAUGCUACGUUAGAUGUUAUUUCCGAAACAGCUAUGGGUGUUAAAAUUCAAUCACAAUUGGAUAAAAAUCGUGAAUAUGUUGAUGCAGUAACUAGAGGCCGUAAAAAUCGUGAAGAUAUUGCUUUGGUUCAUCAAUUGACAAUGAAAGUUAUACGUGAAAGAAAAAAAGUUAUUCUUGAAAGCAGAAAUGAAACAAAUGAUAAUGACCGUAAUGAUAAUGAUGACGAUAAUGAUAGACGUCGAAAUCGUCGUUUAGCAUUCAUGGAUCUAUUGAUUGAACAACAUUUAAAUGAUUCGGAUCAUUUUACUGAAUCAGAUAUUCGUGAAGAAGUUGAUACAUUUAUGUUUGAAGGACAUGAUACAACGGCAAUGUCAUUGAUUUGGACAUUACAUUUAUUGGGAAAUUAUCCAGAUAUUCAGGAUCGUGUACGCAAAGAGAUUGAUGAAAUUCGACAACAAUUAUUAUUAACAUCAAUAUUGUUCAUCUAUUAUUGGCCAUUAAUUCAAACAAAUUGGAAACGUUUACAACAGGUAAAUCAAUUACCUGGUCCAAAAUGUACAAGUAUUAUAUUGGGAAAUAUUCCAUAUGAUUUAUUAUGGAAUUCAUUGUUUAAUUUAACCGAUUAUAAAUUAGUAAUCAUAAAUCUAAUGUCAUCAAUAACUGGCUAUACAAAUGUUUAUCAAAAAACAAAAUUAUUUCGUAUAUGGAUUUCAUGGGAACCAUUAGUAUUUGUUUGGCAUCCGGAUACAGUGGAAAAAAUUUUAUCAAAUAAUUUUAUUCUUGAAAAAUCAGCACAAUAUAAAUUUCUUCAUCCAUGGUUAGGCACUGGAUUAUUAACUUCGGCUGGCCAGAAAUGGCGUACCCGACGUAAAAUGUUGGUACCGGCAUUUCAUUUCAAAAUUCUACACGAUUUUGUUCCGGUUUUUAAUGAACAAUCAAAAAUUCUAAUCGAACGAUUAAGAUUGAUUGCCCGACAAAAAUGUACAAAUUGUACGGUUAUUGAUAUUGUACCAAUUAUUACUGCAUGUACACUUGAUAUUAUUUGUGAUCAUCAUAUUAAUUCAGAUGGUGAAACAAUGACCGAAGAAGAUAUUCGUGAAGAAGUUGAUACAUUUAUGUUUGAAGGUCAUGAUACAACAGCUAUGGCACUUUCAUGGAUAUUAUUUAUGUUUGGUCAUCAUCCAGAAAUUCAGGCACGAGCAGCCGCUGAAGUUGAUUCCGUAUUUGAUGAUAUAAUCGAUUAUAAUGAACAACAACAACAACAAUCAAAUUCAUUCAAUCAAAAUGGACAUGAUUUUCGUUCAACAUCAUCAUCGGAAACAACAAACGGAAUGAUGAAUGAUUAUGAUGAUAAUAUUAUAUUAACAUUGGAUAAAAUUAAAUCGCUUAAAUAUCUUGAAUGUUGUAUCAAAGAAGGUUUACGAUUAUUUCCUUCCGUACCAUUUAUUGGUCGUCGUUCACAUGAAGAUCUAAAAUUAAAUGGUUAUCAUAUUCCAAAAGGGACAAUUAUUUUUGUCUAUAUUUACAUGUUACAUCGAGAUCCAGAUGUAUUCCCGGAUCCGGAAAAAUUUGAUCCUGAUCGUUUUUUACAGGAAAAUGCUGCUGGUCGUCAUCCAUUUGCAUUCGUACCAUUUUCAGCCGGACCAAGAAAUUGUAUUGGCCAACGUUUUGCGAUGUCCGAAUUGAAAGUAGUUCUUGCCUAUCUUCUUAGAUAUUUUCGUUUUGUAUCAUUAGAUGAACGAGAUAAAAUAUUCGCUAUGAUGGAAAUGGUUUAUCGUCCAAAAUCUCCAUUACGAUUACGUGUUUAUGAACGACGUAAAGCUGAAGUUUUUGAACAAUCAUCAUCAUCCGAUAAUGUAAACAAUUCACGAUCAGCGCACGGUAUAGCGAUGGAAUUAUUGAUGAAAUCAACAUCACCCGAAAUCAAUAGUGGAACAAGUAGUGGGCCAAAUUCAUUGACAGAUCUUGGUGUUGGCAGUAGCCAAAGUGGUGGCAGUCAAAGUCAACGAUCGGAUCAAAGUGAUAAUCAAAGUCAAAAAUCAUUACAAUUUAAUCAUGAUGAUUUGAUUUGAUAUUUAUUUUGAAAAUUUAACUGUUUUUCAUUUAAAUCCUUUUUUGUUAUUGUUGUUUUAUUUGCACACAAUUUCAUGGCGUCUCUUACAUUUUUUUUUUCAUAAAUAACAGUAUCGCCAUCUUGUUCA